AUGUCGCCUUUCUUUCGCGCUCCAACGACCUGGAUGAAUGUUGCGCUGGCAACGAAGCCUCGGUUGCGGGACACUUGGAAAGCGCGCGCCGGUGUUGUUCUUGAUGUGUGGCACACUGUUAGAGCAGUGACGCUUCACUUCCUCUGGCGGGAUCGCAACCGCUGUCUUUUCGAUGGUCGGCAGCCGACGCCUGCCGCCCCAGCCUUGCUAGCAAUUUUUUCAGCUUCUUGCGCCCAUUUCCGGCACACCUUGCGUCGCCGAUACGACCCUGAACAACAACAGACGCAGCACAUGGUUCUAGCGGAGAUGAGGCGGCACGCCGGAUUUGAGGGGUUCGUGCGCGCCAAUUCCACUGUGCUGGGCGUCCGACACCGCCGCUAG